AGCCAAAGAUUAGUGUUUGGCCCAAAGACGAGAUCGGUGGUCGUCAUCUUCUGUCUGUUGCAUAGCACGGUGGUUGCAGCAACACCACCCCAUCACUCACUAUGAAGCUAUCCUUGAAGUUCCAGGGUGAUGAAAACCACCACCAUCACAGCGCACAAAUCAUGACGGCGAAGGUACCCAUGACUAUACUGAACAAGCCGUUUCUUUCAGCCGUCACCGCCACCACCGCCACCAACUCCGUUUCCGAGUUUUCCUUCUCACUCUCUUCAAACUUCACAUCAGGCCCAUCCCUCAAAGUCUCUUACACGCCCACCGCCUCUCAACCCUUCUCCCUCUCUCUCAAGUCGGGCCUGGGCCUGUUGGGCUCACCGGCCCACUCCCCUCUCGUCUUCUCCGCUAACUUCUCCCUAUCCCCAACCCCGACCCCUUUUUUCUCUCUGCAAUUCAAACCCCAAUUCGGCCACUUCUCUCUCCACAAAACCGUUUUCUCCGAUACCCCUCCACCCCCUUCUCCUCUCCCUCCCACACCUCAAAUUGUGUCCAACGAAUCUUCCUCGGGUUGGCAGAAUCUGAAAUUGGAACCGUGCGAUAACAGAGACCAAUCACACCCUAGCAUUUUGGAAAACUCUAAGAACGAUGCAAAGCACAGUCUCUCUCCUGUCAUUAGGGUUAUGGCUCGGACGGUGGUGCCUGUUACGAAAGGUUUCUUCUUGAACUUCCGCUGGGGGGUGAAUUUUCCCCGGAAUUUCAGUUCGAAAAUGCCGAGCUUAACCGUGAAUAAGAUUGGGUUAGAGAGGGUUGAGGAUGGGAAAGAGAGUAAUAAUAAUGAUAGUCAGAAAAAAAGGGUCAGUUCUGAAAUUGAUUUGCAGCUGUUGAAGGAAAUGUGUUUUUGGAUGGGGAGAGAUUUGGAGAACGUGGAGAGGGAGAAUAGGGAAAUGAAAAGUGUAUUGGAUGAGAUGAAAAUGGGAAUUUCCACCGCCAGAAAAGAAGUGGUGUUGCAACCAAACAGAGUGAGUGAAACCUCUUCUGGGGAGUUGCAGCGUCGAAGAAGUUACAAGAACGGAAGACAAGAGGACGAGAAAAAAGUGCAGCCAAACAAAUCACAGAGUGCGGCCACUGACAUGGAAUCUGAGUUGCAGAAAGCCAUCAAGGCUGCUACCUCUUAGCAAGGUCAAGAUGGAUACACAAUAUAAUGCAACUGUCUGUUACCAGGCCUUAUCUAGUAAUAUAGAGAGAGAGAAAGAGACCUUCACUUCAUAAUUCAUGGUGUGGAUCCAAGAUUACGACGGCGUCAUGAAAAACUGAAAGUAACUGUGUGUAGUAGUAGUCCUGCAACUGAGGUUGUCUGGUUGCUUAUUUCAUUAGGUGAUUACUACACACACCAUUCCAAUUUCUGAUAUAAGAACUAUUUCCCGUAGUUAUCUAUUCUUUCGGUAGUAAACCUGUUGGGUGAAACUGUUUGGCGUGUUCAUGAUCAUAAUUAUGUUAGCAGUAGUUUGAUCAAUCAGUGUCUGCCUUGCUUUGGACCCUGCUUUUCUUUCUCAGUUCAUGCAAAUUUUAUUGAGCUCCCACACGCUUGACAGUGUGGUGUUGAACACCGAUAAAACUACUCAAAGGAUUGGUUGGUAAUUAUCAUGAUUCAACGUUAAUUUGGAUACUUUUGAAUCUGACAUGAUAAUGACAGAUCUAAUAGUUACUGUCUGAAAGUGGUCAUUAGCCGUUGGUUGUCAAAUCAUUCUCGAACCUGAAGUUCGAUAAACGGACCUUAACUGCAGCAAAUUUUGAUUGCACACAAUGAAUUGUAAAUUAGUAACAUUCUAAUUGUAAUUUAGAAUGUUAACUUAAUUUAGAAUAGUCGUGGUUAACUUAAAUAGGAACUGUCUGAUACUACCAGUGUUAUUGCCUUCUGUUAAUCCACUUGGUAAUCUUAUCAUUAAUAUGUAAGUAUUGUCUUUAACAUUCUCUUUGAGUUUUUGGUAUAAUUGUUUGGUCAUGUUUCAAAUUUAAAAUCCUAAUUAAAGUGAAUAUAACUCGAAGGAUAGUAUUAUCUUUAAUAAUUAUAAAUACUAAAAUGAUUUUUUCAUAAUUUUAAUAAUUAGGUCAUUAAUAUUUAUAACUUCAGAAUUAGUUCAAUCACUGGCUCACCCUGUUCAAUCAACAGAAUUAAACUCUCCUAAGUAAAUGUAAAAUGGCGAAUAAUAAAAAUAAACAAAACACCCAAUAUACUAAGUGUAUAAAAAAAUUAUACAAAAUUAUCUAUAAAAUAUUUAUUGUCAAUUCUAUUAAAUACUUGUUCAUAACGUAUUAAUAUCAAUUAAAAGGAUUAAAAUGCAUCGAAUCGUAAUUUAUUUUGCAAAAUUUGAUAUUAAUCAAAGAUAUUAAUAUAUUAAUAUUAAUAUAUUAAUAAACAUUUUCCUUUUAUUUUAUUGGAUGGAUAGAAUUGGGCCUGUAAUACACAACGGCAUGCCCCAAAACCCAAUCAAAAUUCUAACUUCCUAGUACGAAACCCUAAUAUGUAUCUAUAAAAUGUCACAACCCUCUUUCUCCACUGUCAACGUUAUAGCAUCGCAAGGAUACGUAAUACGGUGCCGGAGGCCAGUCUCCGGUGGGCUUUCGGACAUGGCUACUCUUCUAUUUUCCUCCUUUCUUUAUAUCUUUUUAUAUUUUUUCGUAUUUGUAAAUAAUUUCAGACCAAUUUUUCCGCUGUUUGAAAUGGGCAUAUGAUGAAUCUCAUCUUUAAAAAUGGGUAAUUUGCGUCUGAAUUAAAUUCAUUGAUGUUUAAUCACCUUGGAGAACUGAUGCCCUU